AUGAAAUUCCUCAGCGCUGUGACUAGUGUGCUAGCUCUUCUGCAAGGCGCUGAUGCAGCGACUUGGAAGGACUACAAGCCGCAGAGUCGCACGCCCAGUUCGUGUCCUGAUUAUGUUGACUAUUCGCAGAAACCGCACAAGCCGCUGUCUUCUGGCAAGUUAAAGCUACCGUUUAUGAGACCAAGUGAAGAGUGCAGAACUUUCAAGAGUCCAGCUGUUGAGAAAGUCAUAAGCGACAUCAAGAAGCGCGUCAAGAACCCUGAUCUGGCGCGUCUCUUUGAGAAUACCUUCCCAUCGACGCUAGACACGACGGUCAAGUAUUUUGACGCCAAGAAGAAUUUGGCAUUCAUCGUCACGGGUGAUAUCACGGCACAAUGGUUACGCGAUACGGGUAACCAGUUCGCGCAUUUGUACAAGCUUCUGCCCCAAGACAAGAACUUGAAGGCCCUCGUCAAGGCUAUCAUCAACACUGAGGCGAGAUACAUCUCCGAGUAUCCGUAUUGCGGCUCCUUCCAGCCGCCACCUGAGAGUGGAUUAAGCCCUUCAGUCAAUGACUAUGCUACACUUGUUACCGUCAAUCCUCCAGUCGAUAAUCAGACAGUAUUCGAGUGCAAGUACGAACUUGACUCUCUGGCCGGCUUCCUCAAGAUUGUGCGAUCAUAUUAUGAUAACACCAAAGACGCCUCUUUCAUGAAUGACAAUUUCAAAUCUGCUAUGAAGCAGAUUCUUCGGGUCAUCGACGAGCAAUCUCAAAGCACUUGGGCCGAAGAUUGGUCUUACAUCAGCUACUACAACUGGACUGGCCAAGCAGGCUCACUGUCACCACCAGUACCCAACAGCGGAAAUGGUGAACCCAGGCUAGCCAAUGGUCUCGUCGCUUGCAGUCAUCGUCCAUCAGACGACUUGUCUGUCUUCAACUACAUCACCUCCGAUAACGCCAUGAUGUCAGUCGAGCUUGAUAACGUUGCCGACGUAUUGGACAAAGUUGGAGGCCAAAAUAGCCUUUCCAAGACGCUACGUGGUCAUGCCGAGACGAUUCGAGACGCAGUUUGGAACCAUACUCUCACUGCAAAUGGUAUUUUCGCUUAUGAGACUAAUGGAUACGGCGGCCAGUACAUCAUGGAUGAUGCCAACGUCCCAAGCCUUGUAUCCCUCCCAUAUCUUGGCUUCCUCAAGCGCGACGAUCCGACAUACAAGAAGACCAAGUCUGCUCUUUUCUCACGAGCGAAUCCUUACUACGCUGUCGGAAAGACAUUCAGUGGAAUUGGUGGACCGCACGCGAACGCGACAAACCCAUGGCCUAUGGCACAUGUCUCGGCUAUCUACGGAACGGACGAUGACAAUGAGAUCACUGAGCGACUCAAUAUAAUUUUGGAAAAUACAGCUGGCCUUGGAUUGAUCCAUGAGAGUGUCAAUAUCUACAACUCCUCUGUUUUUACACGCCCGUGGUUUGCUUGGGCCAAUAGCUACUUUGCUGAGAUGGUCCUUGACUUGGCGGAGAGAAAGCCCGGGCUGAUUUUCAAGGACGACAAGCCAUAUGUCAUCUAG